CGGCACAGCUUCGUGAGAACUUCCCAAUUGGGGCUGUCUUUGCCCUGCCUCUCCUUUUAAUCGCUGCUUUCCGCCCUUCCCUUAUUUUCCCUCCACAUCUCACAUGGAGUCGAUGCUUUGGUGGGCAACCGCAGCACUUUUGGCUAUCGUAGGCGUUGUCAGUUUAGACAUCAUGGGCUUCCUUUCAUGGGGCAAUAAGUUCCAGGUAGAGGGGCAGACUGUCCUCCUUACCGGCGGAUCCUAUGGCAUGGGCAAAGAAAUCGCAAAGCUCCUCUCGCAACGCGGCGCGAACGUCAUAAUCGUAGCGCGAAACGUCGAGAAACUCCAGUCCGCCAUGGAGUACGCGAAAGCCGCAGCGAAGAACCCCUCCACCCAGCGCUUCCACAUCAUCUCCGCCGACGUUACCUCCGAAGCCGAGAAUGCGCGCGUGCUCGCCGAGUCAACCGCCUGGAACAAUGGCGUCGUGCCCCAAAUCGUAUGGGCAAACGCAGGAGCUUCGGUGCCUGGCCUAUUUGUCGAGAUGAAAACCGAGACAAUGAGGAGUCAGAUGGACAUCAACUACUGGGCCGCCGCGUAUCUGGCGCAUCAGACGCUCAAGGCAUGGCUAUACCCAGAGACGCCGUAUAAACCGCAAGAGAAGGGCGCUAAGACAGAAUCGCCGCGACACCUCAUCAUUACCUCGUCGGUCCUCGGCCUCGUCAAUAUCACCGGCUACGCCGCGUAUUCCCCCGCGAAAGCCGCGCUCAAGUCAUUGUGCGAUGGGCUGAACCACGAGAUGAACCUCUACAAUGGCGCCAGACGGUCGAAGAAGGAUAGCGGCCAAGCCCCGGCACCCUUCGACGUCCACAUUCACUCCAUCUGGCCCGCUACCAUCGUCUCGCCCGGCCUCCAAAACGAAAACAAGACGAAGCACCCGAUAACCUUCAAGCUGGAAGAAGCAGACUCCGAGCAGACUGAACUCCAGGCCGCCCAAGCCGCAAUCAAGGGUCUUGAACGUGGAAACUACAUGACGGCGCUGAACUGGCUGGGCGAGCUCAUGCGACUCAGCAGCAUGGGCCCUUCGCCGAGGGAUAGCUUGAUCAAGGACACGGUGGGGCAGUGGAUAACGAGCAUUGCGUGGCUAUUCGUGGGACCUGAUAUGGAGGGAACGGUUUGGAACUGGGGCAAGAAGGAGGGUAUGCCGAAGUUCAGGCCUAAUGCACAAUGAGCAGUAAUGGUUAUUAGGGCUUUGGGGGAUAUCUUAAUCAACGGAGUGUGUAUCACAAUUUCUCGAUACUUUCAACGUCUCAUAUCUUCGCGUAAGCUGAUGGCACAGGAAAGUAAACGAAACAAUAAUCUUAUUUGUUAUUGGGGUAUCCCAAGACCAGUACUAUGGCCGUGCGCCGCGCAAUGCAGGCAAAACCGGGAUAACAUCCGCGUCGUGUCGUCGGAAUACUCAUACGCCUCUUUCCGAAUCCAUGUUCAUGCCGGGGAGAUGCCCGAAAAAUCGAAGAGGGAAAAGGCAGCCCGAUGGCCUUCGAGGGGCACAGACUAGCCUAAUGACCUUUAGGCUCUCUUCCCUCCUUCGCCGGCUUUGGAGCGUCAACCUUCCAGCCCGUGACCGUCUUCUUCAGUUCGGCCUUGAUCUUUGCGGGCGUCCAGGUCUCAUCACAGGGUACGAGGGUGAAAGCUACACUGUAGGGGGCCAGCUUCGCGAG